UUAAAAGGUAAUUUGGAAUUAUUACAUGAUCUUACAUGUUAAAAGUGACUUUGUUUAUAUAGUGUGUCAAAUCACAUUAUUGCCAAAAUAUUCCAAAUGGCUAAAUCAUGAAAAUUAAUAGUAAUUAUAAUACUUUAACAGUGUAUGCAAGGCUCAGGACUUGAGAUGGGCGUAUAGUUAAAAUCGCCCCAAAUACAAUGGGAGAUAAUCGACAUGUUAACUUACAUUUUCUGUAACAUUUGCAAACCAGUGACAAUGUCUAUGUACUGAAUCUCUCUAUGACUAAGUGUAAUUGAUUACCAUUUCAAAGAUUUCAUACAUGUAUAUGAAAUAUAUGGUUAAAGUUCGGACAUUUUGAUGACACUAUGGAUUGUAAAGAAAGUAAACUAUGCCUAGGCAUAGAUCUGGGAACAACCUCAGUGAAGACAUGCUUAAUUGAUGGUGAUAAAAUGGAAGUAUUACACUCCAUAUCAAAACCUAGUCAUGCAGAAAUCCCUAGUGAUAUUGGUAGUAAAGGCUCAGAACAAGAUCCAAUUCUUAUCUUGAAAACUUUAAAACAAUGCUUAGAAACAAUUCCAGCCCCACAAAAGCAGUUGAUCAAUACAAUAUGCAUUACUGGACAAAUGCAUGGUGUUAUGUUGUGGUCAGAACUAGCAGUGAAACCAAAUUUUACAACUCAGUUUGAAAAUGUAGGGGGAGAUAACUGUAGCAAUUUGUAUACAUGGCAAGACCAGAGAUGUUCUUCAGAAUUUUUGUUGUCUCUUCCAAAACCUGACUCUCACCUACCGCUGUCAACAGGAUAUGGAUGUGCCACAAUUUUAUGGUUGAGUAAGCAUCGUCCCGAAAUUUUGUGUCAAUUUGGAAAUAGUGGUACAGUAAUGGAUUUUCUGGUUGCAGGGUUGUGUGGAUUGGAUAAACCAAUUACAUCAGUACAGUUGGCAGCAAGUUGGGGAUAUUUUAACACCAGGGAAAUGUCAUGGAACUUUUCACAGUUGACAGAGUGUGGAUUGCAUAUUGAUUUGUUACCCUAUGUUGUCUGUCCUGGUCAUAAAGCAGGCACUUUACAACAGGAAUGGUGUGGAAUCAAACCAGGUGUAACUGUUCUAGCAGCUCUUGGUGAUGUACAGUGUGCUGUGUAUUCUGUUCUUAAGUCACAACAAGAUGCAGUAAUAAAUAUCAGUACAUCUUGUCAACUUGCUUUUCCUGUUAGAAAUGAGGAGUUACUUCCCUUGAAAGCAGACAGCAUGUGCCCAGUACAGUACUUUCCAUACUUUGAAGACAGUUACUUAGCAAUAGCUGCAAGUUUAAAUGGUGGAAAUGUUUUGGCUAAUUUUGUUUCCAUGCUUCGAGGAUGGAUGAAAUGUUUUGGUUGUAAUAUAGAAGAUGAUAAAGUAUGGGACACUCUGAUGGAUCUUUCUAUCAACAAGCUAAAUUCACAAACUUUGAAAGUCACACCUACACUUUUUGGAGAAAGACAUGAUCCUCAGCUUUCAGCUUCUGUCACUGGUAUCAGUGCUGAAAAUCUUGAUCUUGGAACUUUAUUUAGAUCGGUAUGUUGUGGCCUAUUAGAUAAUGUGUCAAAUAUGAUGCCAGUUUCAUUUUUGGAGAAAAAUGGAAUAAACAAGCUGAUUGGGUCAGGAUCCUUGCUUUCCAGAAAUGAGGUCAUGAGACAGGAAAUAGUAAAGUAUUAUGGGAAGUUAACAGUAGAAUUUGGCAACAGUUGUGACUCUGCAACUGGUGCUGCCAUGUAUUCAGUAAGAAACAGCACAGAACAUAAAUGAUUAAUUAAGUGUGUAAACUGUUUAAACAAUAUUUCAUUGAUUACAUUUUAAAUGAUAUAUUUUGAUGAUUUUUGUUUAUCUAUUUUGUUUAUUCAAGUGCAAUAAACCCAAAAAUAAUCAGUA